CAAGGUUACUGUAGUUCAGUCCUUAGGAUACGUCGGUGGUAAACCCGGAAGUGAAGAUUUUGAGGAGGGGAAAAACGGCCGCUAAAGAUGUUCAGCUUCUUCCGAAAAAGCCAGGAUACUAAGAAGAUACUGGUGAAUGAAAAAGAAGCAGAUGGAUUUGUUUUCUUGGACAAUACAACCAAUGAAGAAAGAAAUGAAUUUAAAGAUAAAAUGUCUUGCAGCACUGGGCUUGACCAGACUUUGCAGAAUAAUUCUGACAGCCAGUCAAAUUUGACUGAAGCAGGAACUGCAGUCGGGACAGAGAAAAAUCACAAUGUGGAAAGCAGUCCUUUUAUGCCAGAACUUCUCAGUGAUGUACCUUUCACUCUUGCACCACAUGUGCUAGCUGCACAAGACGCCUGUAGUGACUUCCCCCAGCAGUUACUCUCCUAUGAUGUUAAUGAUAAUCUAACAAGAUUUUGGUAUGAUUUUACUCUUGAAAAUUCAGUGUUAUGUGAAUCUUAGUCAUUGAGUCACUUAAAUAUGUACCUUGAUCACUUGAAGUAAAAUUGUAAAUGUAUGUUAUGUAACUCUGUGUGAUGCAUCAUCUAAAUAAUGUUAAGCUAAAAAUUAAUAAUUUCCAUCCUGUGGAAUUACUUAAAAUAUAUUGAAGCAGCUAAGCCAAAACUGGAAAUUCGGUUACAAUAAUCAGGCUACAAAUGAAACUCCUUUAAAAUAAUCCAGCAGAGUUUGUGUUAUCCUUUAAUUCCAUAUUAUCCAGGUGCUGAUAUUAUUUCUGAGAGUCUCUCUACACAAGUCAUCUUACACGGGGAUGCUCAAGUGACUUACUUUCUAUGUGGUCUUAUAUUCAAGUGUACUCUCUCCCUAGCAGUGCACGUAUAUCCACAGUGGGAGAACAAGUGUAAGAUAUUUCACUUGAUCCUACUUGUGUAAGAUGUCUUGUGUAGAGAGACUCUCAGUUUGCUAUUUCAAUGGUAGAUGAAUUACAUAUAACAUUAUGUUACACUUGCCCUUUAAUUUUGUAAAUGGAAAAUAUAUACAUGAAAGUAUUUAAAUCAGUUAAUUUUACUGGCACAACCUCCAAAAUCUCUAGCAUUGUAUAUAUUUGUAGAAAUGUUUGUUGCCUAAUUCUAUUUUAUCUCUGUACACAAUGGAUUUUGCACAUCAACAGUGUUGGACGGUUGCUGCCAUAUUAUUGGUUCAGAUUUUGGGUUUUUCAUAAACUAGGAGUUCAGCAGUUUUUCACUUGUGUUGUAUUCUUUUCCACAUGUGUUUCUUGUUUAAAUGUUUAUCAGGGAUUUUUUCCCACUGCAGACCUCUGUACCCACUAGAGAGAGAAAUCUGGGUGUGUGUUUUCCUGUGUAUGCUUUCUUACUGGUUUACCACCACUUUUUAAAUGUUUGUGCAUCAGAUAUAAAAACUGAUAGGGUUUAGCUCUGGGGAAAGAUCAAACAGUCUUGUCCAAAUAAAUUAGACAUCAGACUAUCCAAGUAUUCAUUUUAAGUUCUGGUUAUGUUCUUCUAGUUAAAAUCUAGCAAAAUUUCUCUUUGCUUGCUUAUGUGAUUAUUGUGAUGUGUAUGAAUAAUUUGUUACGUACAAGAUUUAUUUUUAAUUUUGAGGGACUAGAGGAGAGGGUACAUCUAUACUGUGCCAAAGAUUAGUCUUUCUCAUAAGAAAUGUUCUGUAUAGAUAUCUAAAAGGCAUAAACAAGGGUUUUCCACAUUAAUACUCUAUAAACAAAUGUUGCUUACAAUGGGUUGGAUCCUGUGGACUCAUUCUGCUAAGAGCAGCACUUUCCCUGGCACAAGGAGUGUCUGAUGCCAGCUGAAUUUGUCCUGGACUCCGACUCGGAAGCCUCAGAGGAGGAGCCUGGGAAGUCAGAAAUGUGGCCUGGGGAGAACAGAAAACUCGGGGAGACCCCCAGAAGGUAGACGACUCAGCUGCCACCGAAGAGCCUCCAGUUGAGGCUCCUUCACUGGAACUUUCCUCUAUCCCUCCAUAUGCUGGGGAAACUAAGUAUAAAACAGGACCCUGCUCAUGUGCCUACCAGGAUCUGCCUCCAUCCAGUAGGAGCACUGUGGCAGUGGGCGUGUGUUGAGGCAGCUGAGAGGAGGUACGGUGCUAGGUUAGCAUCCUGUGCAGUAGCUAUGGAGCCAGACUAGACCUAGUUCUCUGCAGAAUUCUGGCCUAAUUAAGACUGCAUCUGAAGAGUUCUAGAGGCUGCCUCCUGAACAGCUGGGGCUGCUCUUCCUCAGUCUGUUUAAGCUGAAGACAAGCAAAGGAGCACUACUGGAUCACCUAGUUCACAAGGCCACAACUCUUGUGUGCCAGCUCCAGUUCUGGACCUUGCCUGCUCCAAUCCCUGCUAAGUGAUAGUCUGUACAGCAAGUCAUGGCUAGGGGUGUGCAGUGCCAGGGCGAUUCGGUUUUCCCAAUUUGGGAAAAAAAUACAGAAUCAAGCAAUUACCAAAGCAGGAAGCCAUUUUAUGCCCCCCCAAAGAAGGUGCCUCUGUCCUCUUCCACUCUUCAUUAUUCCCUGUGGGGAAAAACAAGGGGGCUUUCUAGGUGGCAUGGGGUGGCAUUUUGCAAGCAAAACACACCCAGUUUUCAGGGGACCUGCUUCUACCUCUCCUCCCACCCAAAGGUGGUUUCUAUCCCACACCAUGUUUCUACUGUGGGGAAAACUCCCACACAGCAGAAACACAUGGAUUGUUGCUGCCAGUGGCCACAGGCACAAUCCUACUCACAAUCCACCUCCCGCAACAGCCCAACAGAAGCAAAGACAUGCACCCCAAAAUCCUCCAUUACCCCCAGAGCUGGCUGGCCAGCUACUUUCCAUUCUUCCCUAUGAUGAGAACUUUUUUAACUUUGUUCCCAGGGGCACUUAUACACAGGGUGGGUGCCAUACAGCACAGGCAUUCACCCCUGAUGCAAGCUCAUCCCUGGGAAAGCAAAGCAGAAUCAAAGAUAUGCACCCCAAAAUCCUCCAUCACCCCCAGAGCUGGCUGGCCAGCCACUCUCCAUUCCUCCCUAUGGCGAGAACUUUUUAGAUUUUGCUCCCAGGGGUACUUAUGCACAGGGUAGGUGCCACACAGCACAGGUAUGCACCCCUGCUGCUAGCUCAUCCCUGGGAAAGAAAAACAGAAUCAAAGACAGGCACCGCAAAAUCCUCCAUCACCCCCAGAGCUUCCUGGCCAGCCACUCUCCAUUCCCUAUCUUCGCACCAGAGAAUCACACACACACACACCUCUCAAAAAUAAUUUUUAAAAUUUUAUUUCUUAAUAAUGGCAUUAAACAUCACAAUUCACAUCAUCACUAUUAAAUCACAACUUACAGUCCUAGAUUAAAACAACCCCCACCAUCACACCAAAGAAACACACACGCAACAAAAAUAAUUUUUUUUAAAUUUUAUUUUUUGGAUUUCUUGCCCUCCCUCCCCACAUUACAGCGUUAUUUACAUUACAUUACAGCAGUAUAAUCACAUUACAUUACAUUCAAAUCACAACAUACAGUCUAGUGGAACCAAAACCUAACAUCACACCAGAGAAUAACACACCAAAAAAAAUUCUUUUAAAAUUUAUUUCUUCGAUUCCUUCCCCUCCCUUCUCACAAGUGGGCUGCGGACAUGUAACAGCAUUAGUGGCACAUUCAAAUCACAACAUACUGUCCAGUUUGAACCAAAAAAAUAACAUCACACCAGAGAAUCGCACACACAAAAAAGUGUCUUUAAAAAUGUGCUUCUUGGAUUUUCACCAUAGAAUCACAUCAUCCAUUCUACCCGAACCAAAUCUAACCAGGGGACACUCUUGCAACUUAGUCCAGCAGAACCAUUGUCAUUUCCUGCAGCAAGGCUCUGAGUUCAGCCAGUGGGGAAACACCAGAGAGUAGAACCAGAUAGUACCAAGCCACAAGCACAACACAAUAGCAUUCAUGGACCACAGUUGCAAAGGAUCCCCCCUCCCCCAUGCCAGCUUCAGACUGAACAUUGCUUAUGAGGCAAUGUUGGAAACUAGCUUUCAUCAUCAGCUGGCACCCGCCCACCCCUUCAAAAACAACAUUUAACAGCAUUGAUAACAUUUAACAGCAACAACAGAAUUUAACAACAUUUAAGAGAAUUAAAUAUUUAACAGCAUCUAACAGCAUUUUAAAAACAUUUAACAACAUUUAACAACAAUAAACAACAGCAACAUGCAUACCAGUGGCAGGAGGAUGCAGCAGCAGGAUUGGACACUCCUAAUUCCCCCCCUCCCUUCUCUGAUCUCCCUCUCUCUUCCCCAUUGUACUACUAUCCCUCCUUAACUACCCUGUCAUUCAUAAAAAUAGGUGGGAAUCUCUGACAGCAGUACUUUUCUUGCUGUUUGCAAGCAACUUUGCAAACAGCAAGAAAAGUGCAAUUUCAAGCUUCCUGCCUUUUUACCAGAUGGGAGGGGGAAGGAGGAGGUUGUAGUGAGUCACUCACUCCUCCCCCUCCUCUAUUGUAAAAAUGAGUGGGAAGCUUGAAACUGCAGCAGAACUUUGCCAGCUGUUUGCAAAUGCAAACAGCCAGCAAAUGCAAACAGCUAGCAAAAUGCUGCCACGGCUGCUCUCGAAGCUUUCCGAAGUGACCCAAAUUGCUUUGGAAAUACCGAAUCUUACCAAAUCAGGCUGGAUUUGGGUAUUUUACUCAAAUUUGAAACCCAAAGCACACACCUCUAGUCAUGGCUCUCAGGGAGACCAGGAAGCCUGAGGCAGAACAAGGAGAAAGCACUGGAAAAGUGCUGCUAUUGGUGGAAUGGAUUCACAGGUCUAGUCAGUGGUAACUUUAUUAAAAGGUUCAUGUGUGCAUGAACUUAUUGGAACACCUAUUCAUAAGUUUGGUAGAACUAUGUAUGUCAUGCCUUGAAAUAUUUUUCUCUGUGUAUGUGAUAAAUAAAAGCUAUGGUUAAACAUGCUGUCCUUUUAGAUAUUGGAAAAAUGGUAACACCUUAUUCUUCCAUAUCAGCUGCUUUACAACCAAGUUUAUCCUGAUGUCAUAGGAGAUACUAGGAAGUUUUUUAAAAGUAUAAUUGUAAAUGAUAGAUGACUGCUCACAUUUAAUAAUUAGUCUUAAUCUAAUUUGUACUAAUUUCUUCAUAAUAUUGCAUGUACCCCAGCAGCAAAAUAGGAUUCUAAAUUUUAGGCUGUCCUUUUAUACAUGAUGAAGUAAAUAAACAGCUUUAGUUCUGUACUUAUAAUUCUUGUCUACUGAAUUUCCUGGAAGCUGGAACAUUAACCCUAAUCAUUGUUGUGCAUUAAACUGGGUUUUGUGCUUACUUUAAAAUUA